CUCUCUGUCAAGCUGAGAAUCGACUUCCUCCGUCCGCUUCGACGGCCUGCAAUCUCCGACAGAGAGAUGGAUGAGUAAAAACAACACAGGCCACAAAAAAGCAUUGGGGACAAGGACUGUAUUCUUUCGGACUAACUCUGAACGGAAGCAGAAAGCAGGUUUGAACACGAGAAGAGCUCGGAUCGCUGGCAUUCCUUCGCUGUGUGGAGUUGAGCCGCAGGAUGACGAGGAUCGGGCCAGAGCGUCGUCUAGAGCGUCCAGAGCGUCCGUGAGAGCGGCACCAGUCAUGGCCGGCAGGGUCAGCUUCGACUCCGAUCUGGUCACUGAUAUCGAAAGUCCAGCAGACGAGGAUGGGGUUCAUGAUUCGUUCAGUCAGCUGAUCCAGGAGCAGUGUCACGACCUUCAUGAUGCCAUAGAGAUGACCUCGUUAGACCUGGAGGAGGAGAUCAGAGAUGACGUGGAGUAUCUGGAGGCUCCGGCGUACCAGCGGUCAGACAGGGCUGGGCUGCAGCAGACGGACCCUCUGAUUGGAGAACGCUGGUCAUCUGACACGCUCAAAGUCCUGUCCUCCAUGCCCAGCCGCACCAUCGGCCGCAGUCGCGGAGCGAUCAUCUCUCAGUACUGCAGCCGCACCAUGCAGCUGCGCAGACGCAGACAGAGCAGACCCUCCAUCCAGCACUUCCCUCGAUCCGCUCGGCCCAGCAUCCGCGGACACCUCGUGGAGACGGACACCGCCGCUUUUGAGGAAGAAGAGAAUAAAAGAGAGCGCUUGGUGAAUAAUCUGCAGAAUCUGUCGGCCAAUGAUCGCGUGCGCAUGUUGAGAGCGAUGCCGCUGAGUCUCUCGGAGAAGAAAGAGCUCAGGAUGUUGGUGUUGAAUAAAGCCGAACACUCGGUGUCUCAGAGUCAGAUUCCCUGCUGCAGUCAGCUCAAGUAUUACAUCAUCAUUGCGCUGAGGCACGGCUGGUACGGGUGGAUGUCGUUCCUGUCUUCUCUUCAGCUGUGGCAGACGGCUCUGAAGUGUGUCGGGGCUCGCUUCGGGACGGGUGUCCUCUCGUAUUUCAUCUUCCUCCGAACGCUCCUCUUCUUCAACAUCUUCCUGUUCCUGGUCAUGGGUGUGCUGUUAGUGGUUCCUCAGGCCAUCAUUCAUCCGGACCGGGACCAGAACGUCACCGUCAGGAGCACAUGGGGUCUGGAGGUGCUCACGGGCGCCGGUUAUUUCUCUCACUCUCUGCUGUAUUAUGGAUAUUACAGUAACAAAAAGCUGCAUACAGGCUGUAACGGGACGUCCUGUAGUUCUGAACUGUCUUAUAACAUGCCUCUGGCUUAUUUCUUCACCAUCGGCGCCGCCUUCUUCAUCACCUGCAUCAUCCUCGUCUACAGCAUGUCAAAGUCUUUCGGUCAGAGUUUCCGCAUCGAUAAAUCUAAAGGUCUGUUGGCCAUAAAGGUCUUCAGCUCGUGGGACUUUAAAGUCAUCAAGAAAAGUUCAGUUAAACUGCAGCGAGCGAACAUCGGCACACAGCUGAAGGAGCUGGUGGCGGAGGUGAAUCGUCAGGAGCUGAAGUUCCCAGUGGUCCAGCGGCUCUUCCGGCUCUUCAUCCACAUGAUAGCGUGGAUCAUGUGUUUGGGAAGCACGUUAGCGUGUGUGCUAGCUGUGUAUUACUUCUCCGAAUACAUGCACAAGAAUCCACGUAACCUCACUGAAACGGACUCGUCUGAUCUUCUGCUGAAGGACGCCAGCCUCUUGACCGUUCCUGUUGUAGUGUCCAGCUUUAACCUGCUCCUGCCCGGCUUCUUCAACGCCGUGGCCUGGAUGGAGGAGUAUGAUUCUCCCAGCGUGCUCAAUUACAUCUCCAUCAGCCGGAACCUGCUGCUGAAGGUGAGCGUGCUGGGAGUGCUGUGUUAUCACUGGCUGUACCGCGUGGCGUCGUAUCCUGAAAGUCUGGGCUUACAGUGCUGGGAGAGUUUCGUCGGGCAGGAGCUGUACCGAUUCCUCCUGAUGGACUUCAUCUUCAUGCUGCUGGACACCUUCUUUGGAGAGUUUCUCUGGAGGUUGUUUUCUCAGAAGGCUCUGAAGAGGAAGAGGAAGCCCGUGUUUGACAUCGCCAGGAACGUUCUGGAGCUCAUCUACGGACAAGCUCUGGCCUGGCUGGGUGUGUUAUUCUCUCCUCUGCUGCCGGCCGUUCAGAUCAUCAAACUGCUCUUUCUCUUCUACAUGAAGAAGGUCAGUCUGAAGAUGAACUGUCAGGUGUCGGGGAAGCCGUGGCGAGCCUCUCAGAUGACCACCAUCUUCAUCACGCUGCUGUGUUUCCCAGCAUUCCUCGGGGCUGCAGUGUGUGUGACCUACACCAUGUGGACGAUACGCCCGUCCCAGCGCUGCGGUCCGUUCCAGGGUCUGAGGACUAUGUUUGAGGCGGGGAAGCUCUGGGUUCAGGAGCUGGCGGCGGUCAAUCCUAAUCUUCAGUGGCUGGCCUCGGCUCACUCGUAUCUGGUGGAGAACCCGCUCUUCCUCAUCCUCUCUGCUGUCGUCUUCCUAAUCGUGAUCUACUUCCACAGUCAGGUGGUGGACGGUCAGCGGAAGAUCAUCGAACUGCUUCAGGAGCAGAUUGAGAAUGAGGGCGAGGAUAAGAAGUUCCUUAUCACGAGGCUGCAGGACAUCCAUGAACGCAAACGAGGGAUGCCUCGCCGCAUGAAAGGAGUCAGUGAGGACUCCAGUUAUUCAUGACGCUCUUCAUGAACUGAUGGAGCUAUAGAGACACGAACCAGGAUCUCUCCCAGAAACGGAUCGGACGGAUGAUUCUAGAAUCCGGGCUGAAUAAACACUCACACUUCUGCCUUUUAUACUGGUGAUGGUGCUUAAUAUUCUGUCUCUGAUAUUGAGACGCCUGUAAUUUUACUGUUAAAUAUUUCAAAGUCACUGUACCUCAUCCCUCAUAAACUGGACCUUCUGUUCAGUGUGCUGAGAUAUUGUUUUCACAAACAACCGUUUUAAAUAAAUAUGAUAUUUUAUUAUUA